AUGGAGGAAGUCUCCGGUUCCACCCAGCUGGAUAAUGUUUGGGAUCUCGUAAAUUUGGAUAUGUACAAAGAACUUAGGUCGCUCCGGGAAUCGUUGGAUGAAGUUCGUAUCGAGGCACGGCAGUCCAGCAGUUUCUGCGAAAGGAUACAGAAAGACGUCGCGGAGUUUGUUCGCUCAGAAGAACUGACGCGGCAGGGAGAUAGCUUAACCACGGACGCCGCAAUGGACGUCACUUCCCUCCAGAAUCACCUCAUGGAGUUUGAGCGCUACAUCAUUGGGAAGGUGAGGGAAGAAAUUCGUAACGCCGGUGCCGGGUUACCGUCACAGCCAGUGCUGGAUAGUGAUUCUUCCUACAUUGGGUUGCUCUGGCGCCGACAAGAGGAACAGGCCGCCAGACUGGAAGCACUACUGGCGGAGUCUGUUCUAAGAGAGUCAACAAGUCGCCGUGAAGUAAAGCGGUAUGCAAGGCAAUUACAGGAUCGGAUUUUGAAUGUCGAGGACACCUUAGAAACUUUGACGGGAGGGUGCCGAGGGCGUUCAGCAGGAGGUGAGGGCGCAACUAAUUUAGCACGGGAGGUCCUGAAAGCGUUAACCCAACUCUCCGAGGGUUUGAGCUUGGAAAGAGAGACACAUGAAAUGGAACGAGGGCAGUGGUUCGCGCUCAUGGAGUGUGCAGUCGAGAAGAUAAGGUAUCUAUCAGAACGUGAGUCAGUGCUUUCCGAGGAACUGCAGAACCUAAAGGCCACCGUACUCCAUAAUGGCCGGAAUCUACGAGAGAUGGCGAGCGUUGGCGAUACGCCUACGGAGCGGUACGCCGCAGACGCAGUCACUCUCUCCCAACACCGCGAAGGGACACAAUGCAAGUGGGAUGAUCCCGCAGCGGCGCAAACUUCUGGUGAGGAAGAGCUGGGAAUCAUUCGUAGGGAAAUUGCUGUGAUUGAAGAGACGAUAAAUGUCCUGCGAACAGACUGGCACCGGCAUGAUGCUGAACUCGACUGCCAUGCGUCCAAACUGGCGGAACUCGAUGGCGAGCAGCGAGUUCUCACCAACACUGUAAACAAGGUUGGGGACCAAGUAAAGCAAAUGAGUCAAGACAUCCGCAGUUACUCUAACGUGCUACGACAGAGUAUUAAGGAUGAGGAUAGGAGAUCGGUGCCACAAUUUUCUUCCGCCAGCGCUGUGCUCCCGGAGAGGACUGGUUCCAGGUCUGUUUGGAAGGCGCUUGCACAGCUGCUUCAGCAAGACACGCGGAAAAACAUGAGGUCUAAUAUCUUCCACUUGUGGCUUUCUUGGGUCCGCGGCUCCACUCAACUCAGACGCGAUGAAAAAAUACUUCGCUUGUUUACAAAACAGCACAAGCAACUCGGUGAAAUGUCGCAGUUUAUUCAAAAUCAGCAGGAGACUACGGAGCAUCAGACGCUUCGUUCGGGUAAACGAGGGAAAAACAAAAGUGACUUUGGUUGUGUGUAA